AUGCGUUUGUGGGUAUGCGCACAUCGAGCUUUACCUCAACUAUAAUUUAUAGUGUAUUGUAAAUAUAAUUGUCAAAUUUAUAAGGGAGGUGCCUCGCAUGGGUUUUUUGUUACCCGUUCCCACUUUUACUUUUGGGCAAUAUCUAUUUAUUGUAUUGUUAAUAUUAUCAAUAAAGUCGUAAGUCGUAGUUGUUUGUUCUUUGGGAACAGACGUAAUAUAUCUUCAUAUAAAAAAACUCAUCUUCACCAAAGGAUCACUGGCGAGAUACUCUCUCUUUAAUAGGUCUUAAUUAUCUGCAGAAGCCUCCUACAGUGUAGCCUGCAUGGCAGGCGAUCUUUCCCAGGCUUGCCCAAUUAUAGGGACCGCCUGAAAAGAUAAAUGUGUAACCUUUGGAAGUUUUUAUAGUAAAAACGAUUUUUUCUUUGUUUAUAGUUGCUGUGUGAGUUCAUUGGAGGUUGUGGGUUUGACUUCUUGCCAUCGGAUGCUUUAAUGAAAUUUCUUGCUCAAUUUCUCUGUGGGGGUGGAGGAUUCGACGAUAUUAUCUGUGAAAACGUGAUAUUUUUGUUGUGUGGUUAUGACUAUGCCCAGCUGAAUAAGGUAUGCGUGAUCAAUCUCGUUCCCCGAGCCUGCGAUCGUCGGGAAGGAACGUGAGGCUCUGGGAUAAUCCGUUUCAGGGAGGAAUCUGAUUGGCCGUUGAUAUGGAACGCGCAGUUCGGUCUUAGCCAGGAUUCCUGGCUUCCGGCAACGGAUAUCCCAGAGCCUCACGUUUCUUCCCGAGGAUCGCAGGCUCGGAGAACGAGAUUGAUGCGUAAUUAGCCAUUCCGAAGUUGAUAAGAGGACUGGGGACGAGUGUUAAAAAUGCCGAACUCAAGAAAUGAACCAAAUCACUACAAAGACCACCUCAAAAUUAGUAACUAUACAAAGUUUGAAGACAUUUACAUGAAUACACUUCGAAUAAUAAGCUUUCCAAAAUUUUGAAAUUACUGAUGCACGUCCCCCAAAACAAAAAUGACAGUACAUUUCAUAGUAAAUAUCGCGAUUUUCGAAAGCUUAUUAUUCGAACUGUAUUCAUGUAAACGUCUUCAAACUUUGCAUACUUACUAAUUUUGAGGUGGUCCUUUUAGUGAUUUGGUUAAUUUCUUAGUUCAAAGUUCAAAGUUCAUCACAACGGAACAUUCAACAUUCCAUGGAUGUUGAUUAUUGUAAUUGAUUCUUGGAUGUCAAGUUCGUUGUUGAUGCAUGAGAUCAGGGACGCCGGAACUAGGGGGCAGGAAGGGCAGCCGCCCCCGUUGCCUUUUACCAAGAGGGGCAAGGGGGGCAAAGGUGCCCUUUCAAUUUAAAAGAUUGCCUUGGCGAAAUAGCGAAUUGUCAGAAAUGUUAGUGCAAUUCUUCUACGAAUUUUCUUCAGAAAACGCAAGAAAUGCAGUCGAGCUUCAAGAAUAGCACAAUCGCCUGGCGGAGAACCCCCUCACACCCCUAUCAUCAAAUAACUAGAAAACAUGUUUAGGCGAAGUUCAACUCCCGAUCGAUGUUUUGCAAACAUCUCUUAGUAUAUAUCAAUUCAAAAGUGCCCUUUCACGAAAAUCUGCCCCCCUUGCCUUCACAUCGUUCCGGCGUCCCUCCGUGAGAUGUUGGAAGUUGCGACAUGAACUUUAAUGUCGCCAUUCAAUGUUGAUAGUUGAAGGACGACAUUGAUUUUUGGCGUUAUCGUUGGAGCGCCAUGAUCCUACGCCUCAUCGCGUCCCGGCAGAGCGGGGUCAUGCAAAUGUUUUCAGUGUUUCUUCAUUGAUUAUCCGGCUUUUCUAUUAUAUUAAAAAUUUUAAAUAAAAAAGAAAGCAGUUGUUUGAAUGUGCAUGCGAGAAUUUGAAUCAUUUUAUUUCACUCAAAGUUUUAAUUUUCGAUAAAGGCAGUUCAGUUUUAUAAAGAACAUCUUAAAACGUCUUGCGAAGCGUUCGAGGUUGAAUUCUACCUUAAAUUGAAACUUAUAUUCGGGAUAAUAACAUACCUAGCAUAUAUAUGUUUGGUGAAUUGAUAAUUUUGUAAUUAAAAGUGAUAUUUUUAGGGGAUUUUUCAUUUGUAAAAAUAUUCUUAACAAAAUUAUCGUGUUAUCACGACAACUACUUGAAUACUUCAUGUUCGGAAAAUACAACAGUUCUGUCAACAAGGCGAGGGGUUUCUGCAUGCAUGUAUUUUCUAGUAUAUAGAGGUUAAUAUAGUCACUGCAAUCAGUUAUGUCUUGUACCUCCUACAUUUCAAUUGACGGAAAAAAUUUUGAAACUUCCUUUUAAAAUAGACGACAAUGCGUUAGUUAUGAACUUUUAAUUAUUAACUUUCAAAGAUUAUUUACAUCAGUCAUUGCGCAGAAUUAUACGUUUUGUAAAGGCUAAUUGUAUGCAGUGGAUAAUUUAUUGAAUCUUACCGCGUUAAAAGCUUGAGUAUAUGCACAAAAGAGUCUUUAUUACCUAACAGAUUAUUAUAUUAUUAAAGAGAUUUCCCGUAGAAGUAAAAGCAGACAGUGUAUGAUGUAAGUUUCUUGAUAUUAUCUCUUUGUAAUACUAUGAAUUUUUAUGAAGCAAGUCUCAUAAAUAUUUUUAUUAUAUGGACAAUGGUGUUUUACUGGAAACUAAAACACUCGUAGAACUCAUACGUCACUACAUCCGGGACCAGGUGCGCGUAUUCAGUUCCGUAUUUCACCCCCUGCGGGUGGCACACGAAGCGGUUGUUUUGAAAAUACAAAUGGUCCUUGGUUCGUAUUUAAAACGAAAUUUUAACGUUGGAAAUAAAACGAAAACAUUUAAAAGACAUCUUGAGAUAAGUAAAAUUUAUUCUAGUUUUAUGUUUGCACUGAUAAUUUAAAAAAAUAUCGCUUUUAUACCGGUCUUUUGCGUGCUUAUUUACAUGUCGUCUUUGUGUGUAUUUUUGUCACUGUGAGUAAGUCCAUAUACUGCAAAAACAGAUUGGUUGAAAUGACCAAUUUAAAUUGGUUGACUCAGACACAUCUUUUUUUGACCAAUUUUAUUUGGUCAAAAUAACCAUAAUAUUGGUUGUUUUAACUAUUUUUGUGGGUUGUUUUAACCCAUUUAUUGGUUACUUUUAACCAAUAAAAAUUGGUUAAAUUAAUGCGUCUGAUCGAGACAACCAAUUUAAAUUGGUCAUUUCAACCAAUCUGUUUUUACAGUGACAUUAAACGGUUGCGAGAAGAUAUGGAUUAGUGUCAAAAACAAUAUCUCACUCGUUCGCUGCGCUCACUCGUGCGAUAUUUUUUUUGCCACUCGAACAUAAAAUCCAUAUCUCUUCGCAAUCGUCUAAUAUCCUCUAUUUGUUAUAUAGCUAGCGUGAACACCAAACGUGAUUGGCUGAUUUGUGGUCACGUGACUUCAGAUAAAUGCAAUGUUUCCCGCCGGGCAACAAGUGAAAAAUUGUUGCCCGCCCCGACCGGCCACGUACAUAAAUAAACAAAAUGGCGGCACAACUACGAUAAUUAGAAACUACGAUUUUCCAAGUUUGUGUUCAAAUAAAGAAUGUAAAAGGGAAGAAAAAUACAACUCGUUUACUCUAUAGAGUUUUUGCCACGAAAAACAAUUGUUGUAUAUGAAUGUUGUUGAAGAUGAUUUUUGUUCGUCGCUAUAUAACAAAACACUUAAUGUCUGUUCCCUCGGGAAAUAGAUAGUUUUGUUUUCCCUCGAAUCUCAAUGUUUCCCUCGACUUCGUCUCGGGAAACAUUGAGACUCUCGGGAAAACAAAACUAACUAUUUCCCUCGGGAGCAGACAUUAAGUGUAUAAUAUAACAUGUAGAAUGUGCCAUGCUUUAGAGCUUUAAUGAGAAUUGAUACACUGCGUCUCCAAAUAUCCCCGCGCGAUUUUUCUCUUCAAAUUUAGACAAUCAUGGAAAUAAUAUCCGUAGACCUUUUUAAAACGCAUCUUGUCUUAUUAUUCAGGGUAAAGCCAUUUUAUUUUUAGUUAGUAAUACAAACGUCCGUGAUCGCUAGAACCUCCCCCAUAAAUAUCCCUCACAAAUUCUUCUCAGAACAUUAUAUCAAAAAACGUUCCAAAUUAUUUUUCUUUUAUCUUCCAAAUUUGGGGGCCACCCUUACACUGUACCUGUAGGCCCUGUCAACUUAUAAUUUUCCCUAUUGAAAAGUCUCUGCACGAAUUUUUUUUCAAACUUCUCUGGUGCACGAUUUUUUUUUCUGUUUCCCCUGCUCGAUUUUUAUUUUUGCUUUUGUCCCCCCCACUUUUCUAACGGUUCGCCCCUUAAAUGAAGCUUAAAAUCGAAGAACAUCAGACGAUAGUCGAUCACUUGAAAGGUUCAAAGGGUUUUGCUGAAACGCAUGAUAAACUAUACCAACGUUUUCUGAAGUGUUUGUUAGGCCAGAUAAGGUAUACAAGAUAUUGUUUAGUCUAUAGUGGGAUACAUAUUCAUUUGGUGCAAAAAAAGUCGAAGGACAACAUAGAUUUUUGCCGGUGGCGUUGGAGCGCCAUGAUCCUACGCCUAAUCAACUCCAGGCAAAGCGGAAUCAUUCAUGUAAUAUGAAGUGUCACGUCGAAGUGCCAUGUAUACAGCUAUGCGGAAUCUCUAAUAAAUGAAUAAUUCUGUAUGCAUAUGAAGUACCACGUUGUCUCUGUUACUGAGUAUUACACAUGCACAUAUUUAAUAAGCAUAACAACUUACUUGUUCGAGCAACGUGGCGAAGUCGGAGCUUGAAUUUCUCUCUCUCGCUCGCUCAAUUAAUAAACCCACAUCGGGCUAGGCGAAGCUAUGUGGCCGAAAAUUCGUGCAAAAAAAAAAAUCUGUAUUUUAAUUUUUAGUUCAACGAUUUUUACGGCAAUAUACAGGGUUUUCUUUACUGGUGACAAUAUCGAGGAACGGUUUACACCAUCUGGAAGCUGCCUGAUCAGCACUUCGGCAACGCCAAAAACGUUCCUGUACUUAGUUAUGGGGAAGAACUGUCUUCCUGUACGUUUUAGAGGGGAAUGCAAUAUUGGUCUACAUGCAACUGUGAUAUUAUUAUGUUCGGUUACAAAGAGAAAUGUGACGAAGCGAAGAAUGGGAAUUUGGAACAUGUAGAGUACAUCCACCGAUAUGGCACAACUUGGAACUCAGGCAGGAACUACCUUUACGAGCACGCCAUGAAGAGAAAAACCACGUACCUCUACUACAUAUUUAUGGACGAGGACGCAUCUCUGCGGCCAAAUGUCGAUACCAACGUCAAUGUAACGUCUCUUGGCUUAUGGCGAUCUUUUGAGAAUUUUCUAGUGAAAUACGAACCCGCAGUAGGAAUUACAGCGUAUUGCCAUGGUAAGUCCCACCGAUGUAAAUGGCAAAGAAAUAAACCUGGCGGGAACGGUGUCUAUGAGUCAUAUUCUCUCAGGAUAUCUUUUUGA